UGCACGCACAAAUCCGCCACCUCUCUUUGUCUUUUUGCGCUUUCUGCACGUUUCUUCUGCCUGCGAGCUCGCGUCGUGGUACCGACUGCCUUUGAAUCAUUUUCUUAUUUCACUUUCAAGCAAGACAGACAGGCACACAAACAUACAGACAAACACAAUACGUUCGACACACCACAGUGAAUGGCUGAUGAGCAGCACACCCCUGCAAGCCCUCACGCCCCUUCUCAAGCGCAACGCCACGCGCCGGCCUCUCUCGACCAGUCGCCACUAGCAACACCACACCCGCGACUCGAAGACAGCACCGGCGCCACCCCUGCCACCGCCCAGCCUUCCGUCACCCCUCCGUCUCAGUCCACCGUUGUCAACCCUGGGAGCUCCAACAGCAGCUCUACGGCUCCACCAGCCGAGGCAGCGCCCCUCCAGGGAACACGUGGUGGCGCGUGCUCCGACACUGCACACGACACCGAAUCAGCACCACACAAUACAACCCACCACGAUACAACCCACGACAACGUCCCGCAUGCCAUUGCCACGUCCCACCCGCAGCAGCAGCAGCAGCAGCGUGUGCACUCCCACAUUGACACCUCCGGUGUGCAUGUGCUGUCUGACGCGGCGGAUGACGGGAUGGAGGGCGGCGAGGACGAUGACGCCGGCAAGGCAGCGAAUGCAAAUGGGCACCACGACGACCACGACCACCACCGACAACAACAACAGCAGGGACAACAGCAGCAAGACCAACAACGCACGGGUGCAAGUGCACAGCACACCGUGGAGCCCUCUCGCAGGCCAGCCGAGACACCCGAACAUGGAGACAACGCCACCAACGCCAGCAACUAUAACGCCGGCGAAGGUGGUGGUAAUGGUGAGGAUGGCGAGGCGGAGACACCGAACACGCACGCGUCGACAGACCCCGACUCGUCAUCACCAUCAUCGUCAUCAUCUGAUGCAGGGAGCGGCAGCAGCACAGAUGACGACAGCGACGACGAUGAUGGUGGAGGAGAGGCCUCUGUUGCCGUUGAUUUCACCAUCGACGACAGCAUGAUUUGUGACCUCACAGGCUUGGAUGAUGGCGAUGAUGAUGAUGAUGGUGAUGGUGGCGAUGGUGAUGGUGGCGAUGGCAGUGGUGAUGGUGGUGGUGGCGACGACAGUGGUGAAGAGGCUGACAAGAACGGUGCUGAUGAAGCGAGGGGUGACGGCGAUGUUGGUGGUGGUGAUGUCAGGAAGCACGAGGAACCGGUGGACGGCGAGAACAGGGAAUCACGCAGAGUGAUUGUUGAUGUGGAACAGAACCAGGAUGUGCACUCUGAUUUGAAACCCAAGAACGUAAUAGACGACCAACAACAACAACAACAACAACAACAACAACAACAACAACAACAACAACAACAACAACAACAACAACAACAACAACAACAACAACAACAACAACGUAUGACACGGACUAUGGUCCUGCCCAUCACCAUCGACGACAGCAUGAUUUGUGACCUCACAGGCUUGGAUGAUGGCGAUGAUGAUGAUGAUGGUGAUGGUGGCGAUGGUGAUGGUGGCGAUGGCAGUGGUGAUGGUGGUGGUGGCGACGACAGUGGUGAAGAGGCUGACAAGAACGGUGCUGAUGAAGCGAGGGGUGACGGCGAUGUUGGUGGUGGUGAUGUCAGGAAGCACGAGGAACCGGUGGACGGCGAGAACAGGGAAUCACGCAGAGUGAUUGUUGAUGUGGAACAGAACCAGGAUGUGCACUCUGAUUUGAAACCCAAGAACGUAAUAGACGACCAACAACAACAACAACAACAACAACAACAACAACAACAACAACAACAACAACAACAACAACAACAACAACAACAAGACCAAGACCAAGGGGUGCGCAUUGCCAUAUCGCCGCGUGCGAGCGUGCAAGUGCGCAGCCCAACACGCGGUAUCCUUCGCAGCAGCAACGACAAGUCUCCAGGCGACAGCGACGGCGCUCCUCGGCGUCGUGCCCGCCUCUCAACAUCGCUACCAACCGUGAUCGACAGCGAAGGCAAUGCAUUGCGCGGUUCGGGGUCUGACAGCGAUGACACCAGACCGGACGCGAGUGCUGGUGAUGCUGCUGCACAAGCACUCAAGCGGCACCUCCGCCGCCACCACAGCAACGGCACCCUCGCUGGUGGUGGCGGUGGUGGCAGCGAUGAUGACCGCUACAGCGCUCGCUAUGACGCAAACCAGGACGACAGCAGCGUGGCGUACGAUGGGCGCGGCGAUGGUGGGUGGUCAACGGAGGUGGUGGCCGGAGACGAGUACAACGAGUUCCACAGCCCGCGGUUCCGUGCACACCGCCACUCUGCGGAGGUGCUGCUGACGCAGCGGCCCAAGAAAUCGAUUCUCAAGUCGCGCUCGGGGCCAACGUCGCCGCUGUCACGGCGCACACCACACCGCACAGCCACGUCCCCAGCCUCCUUCCGCCCCGCCCGCACAUCACCCGCAGCUGCAACUCUUAUUCCAGGACAGCAGCAGCAGCAGCAGCAGCAGCAGCAGCUACACAGCGUGCAGCAAGUGCUUGAGAAUGGCCAACUUGUUGAGAUGGCGGUUCCUGUGGGCGCUGCUGCCCCUAUCAAUGGCACACCCCCACCACCACCACAACAACAACAACAACAACAACAACAACAACAACAACAACAACAACAACAACAACAACAACAACAACAACAACAACAGUCAGGGGAGGGGCGACCAACAACGCCAGCGACGCCGACGACGCCGACGACCAUCCCUGCGUUUGAGGUGCGGGAGGCGGAGGCCAUUGAGCCAGAAGCAGCACCUGCACCCGUGACGAGCGACGGCAACCUGCUCACCGUACCCGGUGCUCAGGGCAAGCUGGAAGGGUCUGUUGACAGCGUGAGCGUUGGUUCGUCCACGUCGGGCCUGAGCGUGAGUGGCACCAGCAGCUGCAGUUCGUCCUACAGCAACAGCGCAAGCAUGAGCGCGAGCUCAAGCGUGGGCAACCAAACAGCUUCUGCCACCACAGCAUCGCCAGCAACAGCAACAGCGGCUAGCGGUAUUGAUGACAGCGGCGAUGGUGGUGGUGGUGGCGGUGGCGAUGGCCUGCAGGGGAGUGGAGCAGGGCGGCGCCGUCCGCGCACAACGCGACGUCGCGACCGGCCAGACCUCGACCACCGCGGGCUGAGCUCGUUUGACGACGGCGGGCAGUACUCGUACAUGGCCACGCUGCGCGGCGGAUAUGUGCGGGAGCUGCGGGAUGGGGCGCGCAUGAUGCUGGACCGGCAGCGGGAGGCGGUGAAGCUGCGGUCGGGUAAGAUCAAGUACCUGGACGACGUGCGCUCCAACGGACACUUGGCCACAUCAGAGGAGGCGAUAUACCUCAGCAGCCACCACCGCAAGCUGGGGACACCCUCAUUCCUACUGCUGUUGGGCCUGCUCUCCGCCGUGCUCGACUUUGCUGUGGAGUAUAUUGGCACGAAGAUUGUUGAUGCGCGGCUCGGCGUGAUGUCGUUGGACCUGCCCUACGGCACCCGCUUCUUCCUCUGGGUGCUGAUUGUGCUGCUGUUUGCGCUCACUGCCAUGCUGGUCACCUAUUACGUCAGCAGCAAGAAGCAUCGCGCAGCGGCCCGCGGCUCAGGCAUCCCGCAACUGAAGAUUAUUCUGAGCGGGAUCCCCAUUCCGAGCUAUCUUGAGCUGAAGACGCUCAUCUCCAAAGCCGUCGGCCUCACCCUCGCCCUCGGCAGCGGCCUCUUUGUCGGCAAGGAAGGCCCCUUUGUUCACAUUGCGACGGCGUUGGCGUCCAAGCUCACGCGCUUGCCUGUGUUCAUUCACCUCCGCACAAGCGCUCCACUCAUGCUCCAACUCUACGCAGCCGCAGCUGCUGUCGGCGUUGCCUCUGCUGUGCGGGCGCCUAUUGGCGGCAUAUUGUUCAGCGUGGAGGUGACAUCCGUGUCGUACGAGACGAGCAACUACUGGAAGUCGUUUGUCGCUGUUGCUGCGGGCACCCUUGCCGUGUUCUUCAUCAGCCAGGACGGCUACAACUUCUGGACGGCGGACCUUGAGCUGGGCUCCUUUGAGAAGGGCGAGAUGGUUGCGUUUGCGCUCAUGGGCGUGAUGGGCGGGCUGAUUGGCGCCGCGUUUGUGGCGCUGCAGCACGCCCUGCUUCGUCUGCGCCGCAGCGAGCUUGCGCCAUUCCUUGUCAUCGAGCGGCCCGUGUUUGUGGACACGAUGCUCGUUGUUGCGGCUACCGUCACCGCCGUCGUCACGUUUACGGCGGGCGAGUACCUGCAGGUGCCCCUGCGCGAGUCUGUGCAGGAUCUCUUCACGACAGGCCCGCUCACGCCGACCAACGGCACCGUGGCCACAGACCUGCAUGCCCACUGGACAGCAGAGACGCACGUGUUCACAUCCCUCUUCAUCUACGGGCUGGUGAUUUUCCUCCUCUCUGCGCUCUCCACGACGCUCACCAUCCCCGCUGGCCUCUUCCUGCCUGUGCUGGCUGUUGGCGCCGGGUGGGGUCGGCUGUGCGGCGAGGCCAUGGUGUCGUGGUUCCCCGCGUACGACAUUGUUCCCGCAGGCUACGCCCUUGUUGGCGCAGCUGCUCUCGGCGCAGGCGUCACGCGCACCGUGUCCACAGCGGUGAUCCUGAUGGAGGCGGUUGGUUCUGUGGCGAUGAUUGUGCCGCUUCUUGCCGCUGUUGGCCUGGCCAUUGUGGUUGGCAACCUGUUCACGCUCAACGUGUACGACUCGAUAUUGUCGCUCGGGGACUGGCCGUACCUGCCCACCAUCCGCGCAGACGCCGCGUUCCAGCUGACGGCGGGGCAGGUCAUGCACAAGCUGGUGGACGAUGACGAUGGCGACGACGACGAUGGCGACGACGACGAUGGUGAUGGUGAUGGUGAUGGUGAUGGCGAGGGCGACUCGUCUGACGAUUCUGGGAAUGAUACCGACACGCCUGUGGAAGGUUCGGAGGAGCGAGCAGCCGCGAGUGCGCGCGUGAAUGGGAGUGCCAGGCGCUCCCGUGUACGCGAAGACAGUGAUGAUGAUGACGAUGGUGAGGACGAACGCUCACAACAGAGCGGCGGAACAGGCGAAGAUGAGGAUCAGCAGCAGCAACAACCGAGCGCAGAGGCACGCGGGUCUGCGUCUCGCCCUUCGGUCAUCGCCGUCGCCAGCAGCAACGCCCAGCAGCAGCAGCAGGGGCAACAAGGGGAAGAGCAAGCAGAGGAGGAGGAGGAGCAGCAGCAGCAGCCAGCAGAGCAGCCAGGGCAGGUACCGAAGCCCUCCUCGCUGGAUGGCGUGUCCACCGUGGACAGUCUGCGCAUGACGCAAUCCGAUGCUGUUCGCCGGAAGAUCAAGACGCAUUCGCGGCUGCGCAUGCCCGAGCGCGUGUUGCCUGUGCUGCCGCGGUUCACGACGCUUGGAGAGUUGCAGCGGGUCGUGCUGACCAACUUCCCGCCAUUCAACCAGCUGAUUAUGCUGGUGGACACGACAGAGAGCAUGCUGCUGCUUGGCACGAUGAACCGCGAAGAGCUGGCCGCCGCCUACCACACGUGCCUGAGCAAAAUGAUGCAAGAAGCACUCGGAGAGCGGCAGAGCAAGAAGCGACGCACGGGCCCCCGCGUUAAGUUUGCCCAGCAGUCGACGGUGAUCCAGGUGGAGGAGGAUAAUGACGGUGAUGACGACGACAACUCCACGUCGCAAACGCAGCAGCAGAAUGGGCAGCCGCGUGGCGGGCAGAAGCAGCCGGGCACCACGACGCGUGGUGCGGGGUGGAUCUCGUCGCUCGUGCCGUCCAAGGCGAGGCAGGGCACGGUGCGGUCGUACACGCAGCUGAUCCGGCAGCAGUACGGCACCGUGUAUCAGCGCGGGUUUAUGCAGCAGCUCAAGUCCAGGCGCAUCGACCUGUUUGACUUUGAGAACGUUCCCGUGAACCCUGCCCCGUUCCAGGUGCUGCGGCAGACGCCCCUGCCGGAGCUGGUGUACACGCUGUCCAUGCUGCACACGCACUACGCGGUGGUGCUCGAGUAUGGGCGGCUGGUUGGCGUGUGCACGAAGGAGCGGAUUGUGGAGGCAGUGCGCGACGUGUCACGGCACGGGCUGCCGUCGUUCCUGCGGCGGCGGCGGCGGGAGCCCGUGGGCGUGCCCGUCUCGGAGGGGGCGGAGAUUGGAGCACAGGAGCCGCCGGCCGAGGCAGCGCGACCAACGGUUAUGGAGCUGCACCAGUUUAUGAUGCAGCAGCAGCAGGGGUCUGACCAGGACGGCGCAGGGCAGGGCGAGCAAGCGGGCGAAGCCGGCAGCGCACAAGACGACGACCAGCAGCAGCAAGAACAAGGGCAAAGGCAAGCGCAAGGACAGGCGCAAGGGGCUGAAGAGGGUACGACACAACAACCCGCGGUUUCAAAGACACCAUCGAGCUUGGCGAAUCUCUUCCAGGGCAUGACCUCACCGCCACCGAGCAACGGCGGCGCUGAUGCUGAUGGCGGUGGCGGUGGCGGUCAAGACGACAGUGACGACCACGCGGGCGCAACCGAGGUGCAACAGCAGCCGCAGCCCAGCAGCCCAGUUGGCGAUGAUGGCGGCAGCGACGGUGAAGGCGACGCCGAGGAUGGUGACGCCGAUGAAGACCGCAGGGGCGAAGAAGAUGACGGCGAUGAAGCAGCGGGGGCAGAUGAUGACUCAGAUCACGCUGGCGCUGUUGAGGUGCUGAUUGACGAGCUGUCGCCAGUGGCGGAGGCAGAUGCGGUGGAUCAUCAGCAGGAUGUGAAUGUCGAUGACCAUCCUGACAAGCAGCGUGAUGCUGAUGAACCCAGUAUGGCAACGAACACAAACGGUGCUGGUGCAGCGACAUCUGAUGCCUUGGGGGCGCAACAAGAGCUGCAACAAGAGCUGCCACAACAACAGCCACAACAACAGCCACAGCAGCAGCAACAGGUGCCGCCCACAAACAGCGCCACGGCCAACUUGGCGUCGUCGCUUGAAUCGCUGUCAUCACUGCAAUCACCACGUGGAUCCUCGCACGCCCUUGCGCCACGUGCACCGGAUAACCGGUCCAACUCCAUUGACCAGGACAUUGACGCGUCGCUGGUUGUGCACCACCGUGCACCGCCGUCGCCGCACGUGUCGCGACGAUCAACGCAGAUGAGCCUUGCGUCGCAGGGGCUGGAUGGCAGCCACGACGGCAGCAGCGGUACUGGUGGCACAACGAUCCCAAGUGUGCGCAACAGCUUGGUGAGCACGGGCUCUGAUCGGCGGCCUGCUGUCACGUCGCCGCUUCGCCACUCGGAAGGUGUUGUGGACGUGGAUGCGGGCAACGCCCCCAGCAGCGUGGCCACCGUCGCCCCGCCCGCAGAUGCGACCGCCACAACAACAGCAUGUGCACCACCAACAGCAGCAGCGCCGGUGAUGACGACAGCAGCGCCAACAGCAGAGGCGACAGUUGCGCCAGCAGCUCUGAAACCGCUGCUUGCGGCUGUCGCUGCCACCAAUGGUGAUACCAGUGGUGUUGGUGGUGAUGGUAGUACGACCAAUGGGGAUGCCACGGGUGCUGCGGGCGUGACUGGCGACGGUGCGCGGGACGGCCGCGGUGGAAGUGUGAGCGACAGCGGACUGAGCCGCAUGAGCACGUGGGAGGCAGCGACAACAGCGAGUGAGCCAGACCGCGACCAGCACAACGACCGUGGUGAUGACAGUGAUGGUGAUGAUGACAGUGAUGGUGAUGACUCUGAUUCUGAUGGGGGCGGGGAGCAAGUGGUGAUUGAUAGCAGCGGCAUGCUUGAUGGCAUGGGUAUGCUGCUGGAGAAUGGAGAGGACGCUGACGGUGGCGAUGAAGAGGAGGAUGGUGAUGCCAUGCUGGGUGGUGUGGGAGAUGAGGGCACCAUUGAACUCACUGUGCCGACCCUCGCCAGCGGCAGCAGCGACGACGACGAUGAUGAUGAUGAUGAUGAUGAUGAUGAUGAUGAUGAUGAUGAUGAUGAUGAUGAUGAUGAUGAUGAUGAUGAUGAUGAUGAUGAUGAUGAUGAUGAUGAUGAUGAUGGUUCCUCUGCGCAACAGCCACCACCUUCGCAACCAGUUCAGCAGCCAGAGCAACAAGAGCAUCAGCAUCUGCCAGUGACGCUAACUGUGGAAGGCGCCGAUUUCUCGCAAGUGACGGAUGUAUGACGCUGCACAGAAGUUUGUGGCCUCUUCCUCACUCACCAUUUUGCAUAAUCAACCAACAUCGCUUGGAUUGCGGUGUCUGGCACGUGUGUGUUUGUGUGUGUUUGUGUGCGCGCGUUUGCUUGGGUUGUGCUGAGCACAAUCCACGCUGUUCAACUUCACUUUGUUGUAUGCGUGAGUGUAUGUGCGUCAAUGUGUCCGUGUGAGAGAUUGUGGUGUGUGUGUGUAUGUGUGUGUGUGUGUAUGUGUGUGUGUGUGUAUGUGUGUGUGUGUGUGUGUAUGUGUGUGUGUGUCCGUCCUACUAUGCCCCAUCUCUUUUGCCUUUCCUUUCGUUUGUUUUCGGUUCACUCGACUAGUCAUGAGGGGCUUGCACCUGCAAGAAGGAAAAAGAAUAUACAACACAACCAUGAAGCGUGCUGAUUUGAUAUCGCCGCUUCUUCAAGAAGCAAG